AUGGCCGUCGACGGGUACCUCACGCCUUCCGAAGUGCUGCGCAUGGGCCUCGUGUGCAAGGACAUGCGCGCGUCCCUGGCAGACGCGAACGACGCGAUCUGGCGGUGCUUUCUGACGCGGUAUGGCGCCCGCAUGGCCGACACGCGCCACGACGCCUUCUCGCACCCGCUCGUGCUUUUGCUCCGCGCCGACAAUCACUUUGCGCUGGACCCGCGCGUGGAGAGCGUCCCGACCGACGUGCUGGCCGCGUUUGCUGCCACGUACGUUGCCCGCUACGUGCACUUUGGCGACUGCAUCAGGAGCGUCUACAACGACAGCUACCUGUGCAAGGUCCUUGGCAUCACGCUGCGUCACGACGCUGUCGAAGUCCACUUCCACGUGACUGGCGAUCGAACUGAAGGCGACCUGCAACACCCGCGCCACGCCACGCUGCACGUCGAUGACCACGCGCUCAAGCCCGUGCGCAUGUGGCUCAUCGACGCAGACCCAUCGUCGUCAUACGCAGGCAUCCUGCGCUACGAGACGCACGUGACGCAAGACAGCGUGCUCCGAUUCGAGUAUGGCUGGAGUGGCUACUCAGACGCGACGCUCUGCGCAUUGACCGACGACUUUUGCUCCGCGCACGCCCUCGACCACGUCGUGCGCGCUAGACCAGGACGCCCUGUGGUAUAAUGUAAUAUGAUGCAUCGUUGUCCAGGCC